AUGGGGGCAUUGCUGGCGGUCCUUGCACCGCUCGCCUUUGUCAAUUCGCAGCUAUUGCGGAUCGGCAGAGCGAUAGGCAUCGUAGCCGUGGCCUUGAUGGUCGUUGCGAUCCUGAUUCAGGUCGUUUUCCGCUAUGUAUUCAACAACGCGUUGCCCUGGCCAGACGAGGCAGCGCGUUUUUGCAUGUUGUGGAUGACGGGCCUGAUGGCACCAACGGCGUUCCGUCGCGGCGGCUUCGUCGCCAUCGACAUGCUUGGCCACGCACUUCCUCAGGCUCUGGGCAAGCUGCUUUCCCUGCUCUUGCUCAUCGUGUCGCUCCUCGUCCUUGCGAUCGCGGUACAGAUCGGCUUUGCCGAAGUCACCGGCUUUGGCGGCAAGUUCGCGACAGCGUCACUCUACAUUCCGGGAAAUAUUACGCUGACCGAAUGGAUCCGUGUGCCCAGAAGCUGGAUGAUGAUGUCCUUGCUCGUCGGUGUCGUUCUGCUGACCCUCGUCAAUGUCGAACUGAUCUUGCGCAAUCUCAUUUCUCUUAUUGGCGGCAAUGACCGACUGCCGGCCAUACCCGAUGCUGACAUGGCGGGAGCGGACUGA